UGGUGGUAGCGGCAAACGACGGAAAACAGGAGCAACAGUCGCGUUAAGACAGUCCGAGAGGAUGGUUGAUAGUGCGCGUUUUAGGGCCCUUAUAGGCGCCCUCGUGGUCUUCGCACCCCUCACCCUUGCCCUUUCCAAAAAUGAUCUCUAUCCAUACGCCACCCCCGGUGCUAACACUCUUAAAAAUGAUCCCAGCGGACAGCUGGCCUCUAUCGAAGCAAUACUCAAGACACCAAUAAUUUUCUACGACAACGUUUUUAAUUCUAUUUUUGUAAAUGGAAAUGGUGUUCUAUCGUUUGCAAGAUCGAUGCAAAGGUUUUUUAAUAUUGCUUUUCCACUGGAUGAUCCUGUGAUAGCACCACUUUAUACUCACGUGGAUACACGAGGAUCAGGAACAAUUUAUUGGACUGAAACAAAUGCGCCGGAAAUCCUUGCAAGAGCCGGUGGUAUGGUUCGAAAUUCUUUUAAAAAUGCUUUUCAAUUUCAACCCACACAUGUUUUUAUUGCAACCUGGUUAGACGUUGGAUAUUUCAAUGAGAAAAAUGACAAGACAAAUACAUAUCAAGUGGCAAUUUCAUCAAAUGGAACACAUUCUUAUGUUGAAUUUUUGUAUCCACGAGAUGGAAUACAAUGGAUUCAAGCAGAAUCUCAUCCUAAUGGACUUCCGGAUGCAAAAGCUCAAGCUGGAUUUAUGUGUGAAGGAAAAAUUUACACUCUCACCGGUUCAGGAACUGAUCAAAUUCAAAAUAUCGACAAAUUAUCAAAUAUCAAUAGACCAGGUCACUGGAUUUUUCAAAUAGGACCAUUUCGCGAUAAUGCAAAUUUCAAACAACCGGACAAUGUCGAAGAUUCAAUGUCAAAUCAGCAGAAAACAUGUUCGAUUGGAGCCACAAGUUGUCACAGUAAAGCCAAUUGCGUUGAUUACGAAAGUGGAUUUUGUUGUCACUGUAAACAAGGACACUUUGGAAAUGGAAAAUCCUGUUUGCCAAUUGAUAUACCAUUGAGAGUGAUUGGCAGAAUGUCGGGAACUAUUAAUGGCGAAAGUUUUGAGGAUAAAGAUCUUCAAUGUUACGUUCAAACCAAGGACGGAAGAACAUACACAGCUAUAUCGAGAGUACCGGAAGCCAUUGGUUCCAGCUUCCAACUACUUAGCAAUUUAGGCAGCGUUAUUGGAUGGCUCUUCGCCAAACCAAUUGGAGAAACUAAAAACGGAUUUCAACUUACCGGUGGAGUAUUUAAUCAUACGGCAGAAUUACGAUUUUCCUCAUCGGGACAUGAGGUGACAAUUCGAAGUUAUUUUAUGGGACAGGAUGUAUUUGGUCAAUUGAAAGUAAAUGUUGAAGUAAAGGGUACAAUUCCACAAUUGGAGAAUGAUGCACGAAUUGAAUUUACCGAUUAUGAUGAACUUUUAACACGUGUGAAUUCAGGUUCAAUACGUUCGAAUUCGGAGAAAAUUUACAAAUUAAUUGGCAUUGCCGGCGAUUAUAAAUAUACAUUAGAUCAAAUAUUUACUUAUUCCGAAUGUUUAUAUGCAUCGCAAGCGGAACAAGAAACAACAAGAUUAAAAUUCUCAAGAGGUGUAAUUACAUAUGAGGGAAGAGAGGGAAUAAUUCGUUAUGCAAUGAAUUCAAAAAUUGCACCACUUGAAGAAGAGGAUCCUUGUAUACAAGGAAGAAGUACAUGCAGUGAACAUAGUUCGUGUAUUGUUGAUGGUGAUGAUUUUAAAUGUGUCUGCAAUCCAGGAUUUCAAUAUCUUUAUAAAGAGGACAAUUCUGCGACUUGUGUCGAUAUUAAUGAAUGUACAGCUGGUAAUCAUGUUUGCUCUCCCGAUGCCUAUUGUAUUAACAAUGAAGGAAGCCACACGUGUAAUUGCAAAUCUGGUUAUCAAGGAGAUGGACGAAUUUGCGAUAAAAUACCAACUUGCGAUGAGACUCGUUGUCUGGAAAAUGAGGAAUGUCAGAUGAUUGGAGGUCUUCCAAUAUGCACCUGCCUUCCUGGAUAUGAAACUGUAGACCAAGUUUGCUCUCCAGUUUCGCAAACAACUCCUUGUAAUGUUGAAAACAAUUGUUCUCCAUAUGGUCUUUGUAGUUACGAUGGAAAUAGACAAAUUCAUGUCUGUACCUGUCAACCUGGUUAUACAGGUAAUGGAUACGAUUGUUAUCCAGAGGGGGAAAAUAACGAUAAACCAAAUCCACAUUGUAAUCUUGGAGUUUGUAUGUGUCCAUUGGGUUGGGCUUAUCAUGAAAAUGAUUGUAUUAGACAAACGGACGACAAUCAAGACGUAUUGUCACGUCCGCUUCCGGCAUGCUACGAAGAAUACUGCGUAUGUCCCAUGGGAUACGAUUAUGAGGAACUUGAAGAUGUUUGCGUUCCCAAAGAAGGAUACAACUUGAUGACAAAAGGUCCUUCUGGAUUUCAUUUACCAUGCAACGUGAUGAAUAGAUGUCAUCCUUAUGCAUCUUGUGUCUACGAUACAAUAACAUCGGAAUACAGUUGUCAAUGUAAUGUCGAAUAUGAUGGCGAUGGAAUUGAAUGCACCAAAAGAGAAGUCUCCUGCUUUGAUGUCGAUAUUUGUGAUCCUAAUGCAUCAUGCCGAAAUGAAGAUUCCAUCAGUAGAUGCGUUUGUAAUCCAGGAUAUAAAGGCGAUGGCACCGACUGCAGAGAAAUUGGUGUAGGUAUAGUUGAAUGUGAUGAUCAUCCAGAUUGUGGAAACAACGAAAGAUGUGAAUACAAUCGACUAAAUUCACGUUACGAAUGUUCUUGCGUUGAUGGUUAUCAUAAAAUUGAUACACAAUGUGUAAUUUCGGAUUGUUCGAUAAAUUCUGCACUUUGUCAUAUUAAUGCACAAUGUUCGGCAUCACAUGAUGGAAGUUUUAAAUGUGUAUGCGCAAAUGGUUAUCGUGGAGAUGGAAUUCAUCAUUGCGUUGAGGAACAUAUAAAUUGUAAUGUCGUUAAUAAUUGUGGAAAAAAUGCCGUUUGUGGAUAUAAUCAAACCGCUUCAAAUUACGCCUGCAUUUGUUUAUCUGGAUUCUAUGGAAAUGGAUUUAAUUGCUUGCCACAAUUAUCGUGUAAAAAUGAUCCAGGAAUUUGUUCUCAUUAUGCAACUUGCAUUCCUGUAGGACAUCAACAAUUUACAUGUGUUUGUCAUGAUGGUUAUAUUGGCGAUGGAGUAAAUUGUCGACCAACUCCAACGCAUGAAGCUAAUUUUUUACUUGUUAAUCAAGGAACGGCAAUUCAUCGAAUUCCAUUUUUUCCAACUCGUGAUAAACCCGGAAGUCCAAUUAUGGUUCAAUAUAAUCAAAUGACUAUUGCUGUCGCUAUUGAUUGCACACAUGGAAAAGCUUAUACCAUCGAUAUUAUUGGAAAUAGAAUUAUGUCGUUAAAUUAUAAUGGAACAAAAGUGGAGAAUUUCAUAACGGGAAUAACAAGUGCCGAGGGCAUUGCAAUGGAUUGGAUUUCUCGAAAUUUAUUUUGGACAGAUUCAGCUAAAUGCACCGUUGAAGUUGCGAAUGUCGAGACGAAAAAACGCAAAGUCCUGGUUAAAACCGGUUUAGUUAAUCCUCGAGGAAUUGCAGUUCAUCCCCAUCGCGGUAAAAUUUUUUGGACCGACUGGAAUCGUCAGUCACCGAAAAUUGAAAUAGCAAACGAAGAUGGAAGUGGUCGUCAAAUUUUUCUACAAGGCGAUAAUGUUAAAUUGCCAAAUUCAUUGGCAAUUGAUUGGGACACUGAUGAAUUAUGUUGGGCGGAUGCUGGAACUGCCACAAUUAGUUGUGCGCAGAUUGACACGAAAUACAUACAUACAAUUGCUGAAUCAUUACCAUAUCCUUUUGCGGUGGCAAUAUCGCAGAAUCAUUAUUACUGGACCGAUUGGAAAACAAAAACAAUUGAAGUUGCUUUAAAGAACAAUAGACAGAGGCGUGAACCUUUAAAUAUUCCUGCUGGAGGAAGUGGAAAAUUAUAUGGAAUUGCUGCUGUUCCUGAAGCAUGUCCUAGGGUUUCAAAUGUAUGUCAAUAUGAGAAUGGAAGAUGUAGCAAAGAACAAAUUUGUUUGCCUGAUGGACAUGGAGGAAGAUCGUGUGUUUGUGCAGAUAAUGCCGUUGGUAUUUGCACAGAUUCGCGGCAUCAUCAAUCGUAAAAAAAAAAGAAAAAAUUGUCCCUAGUUUUUUUUUUUAAUAAUCUCAAAGAAAAGCAAAAUCUUUUUCUUCUAAGAAGAAUCACAAAAUUAAAUUUGUACAAUGUUAGAAAAAAAAGAAAAUGAUUCUUUUACCAAAAAUUGAGUAAAUUUGGAAAAUACAAUAUUAUAAUUAUUAUUAUAUUAGAUAAUAAUUAAUAAACUAUGAAUUAUAAUAAGCUAAUUAUUAAUUAAUCGUUUCAUUAUUAAUUAAUAAUUAGAUAAUUAAUCGUAAUUUAUAAUAGACUAAUUUUUCUUUUUAAGAUACACUUUUUUUCAAUAUCUUUAGUCAUUGUAAUAAAAAAAAAAAAAAAAAACUCCCCGAA